CGCAGUUCCGGUGGGACGGCUCAUGUAGUUGGUAGGUACACACCUCAAUCUUCAGAAGCAUGAUUCUGGCAUCGAUAAAGGGAGAGAAGCAUCUUAAGAGCAGCAAGUUCUUGCUUCUCUCCUCCCAAAAUCACUUACUCAAGGUUCUCACAGCUCACACACUUUUCCAAGUUACCGAAGCCUUGUCACCCAAGACAACUUCUCUGUGAAAGAACGACGCGCCCUGCUUUCCAUUGCAUGUACCCACCAUGUCUUCCUCCCAGCCCUCCACCACCGUUCCCCUCUCGGUACCCUUCACCAUCGACACGGUCCUCUCGGGCAUGCUCGCCUUCCCCGACUCGCCCGACAUAUACCGCAUCCGCGUGUCGCGCGAGCACGCCGGCAACAGCGGCGGCCCAACCGUCAAAUACCUGGCCGCGCCCAACACGGCCCGCCUCUUCGCGGGGCCCGUGGACGCCCAGCAGCGCCGCCUGACCAACCUCGCCUUCGACCACGUCCCGGCAGGCGACUGGGUCGUCGGCCGGCUUGCCGCCCCCGCCGAGGGAGGCGCCGAGGCCAAGCUGGAGCUCGCCUCCACCGAUGACGGCCCCGACGCGCUCGCGGACCUCGACCUGGGCAGCGCGGACCCGGCCUGGUGCGGCACCACCAUCGACGAGGCAGACUGCCCCGAGCCGCCGGCCGGCGCGCGCUGGACCACCGUCGCCAACUCGGCCGGCCAGGAGGUUACCGUGCCCAAGCCGACCGAGCUGCAGUGCAUGGGCUAUCUCUCGGCGGCCGUCGUGCCCGCGCCGCCGCAGGGCGUUGACGCCGAAGUGGUGGUGCGCGUGUCGGAGUGGAUGCCGGGCCACUGGGAGGGCAUCGAGAACGAGGCGCGCACGCACCACAUCAUCGCGACGCGCGACCCGGGCCUGGCGCCGCGCUUCCUGGCGUACGUGACAGAGAACUGCCGCCCGCGCCGCGUGGUCGGGUUCCUGCUCGAGCACGUCCCCCGCGCGCGCGAGGCCGGUCUGGCGGACUUGGACAAGUGUAGAGCCGUCCUGGCGCGGCUGCACGCGCUGGGGAUUCCGCUGCGGCGGCUCGCCCGGGAGUCGUUCCUCGUGCGGGAGGACGGCUCCGUGCUGGUCCGGGGGCCCUUUGAUGGGUCGCCGGAUGAGGGGGUGGGUGAGGAGGUGUUGCAGGCGGAGAUGGAGAGCCUCGAGCGGGUGCUGGCGCAAAGCCCGUCUGCGUUUGAGCGCCAGGCCGCGAAGAUGCUCGCGCGGGCUGACCCCGGGAGGGUGGACAUGCUGAGCGCGUUCCAGAAGGCGCAUGGCUUUAUAGUGCCGUUUGCGGUCUGGCAGGAGAGCCGGGCAGGACGCAUAACCCUCACGGUCGAGGAGCAUGGCAUAUUGGCCAAGGAGUGCGAGGACAGCGGCUUCAAGUGGACCAAGGAAAUGCAGGAGCGGGCUGAGAAACGGUUUGGACCCUCCGCCACACAGGGGGUGGGAGCCUGAGGGGGGGUUAUCACGAGUUGCCGUCAAUAGGGGGUGGAUUCUCACGAGGAUAGUCACUCCUGUAAUGACCUCAUUGUCUGUUCCCUGGCAUCCUUCUGUGGUGCUACGAUAGAUA